CUCUCCACAGUGGAUGGUGGUGGGGAGCCAAGGCUGAGCGAUGAUGCUAGAAGAUGGCAGUGUCCAGGGAGGCAGGGAUCUCUGUCACAGAGAUGGAAGAGGGAAGGGAAAUGCGGCUGUGAGGAGGAUACAUACGGGCAGUACAUGGCUCCCCCCCUCGGUCUCCACCCCUCCACCAGGGCCUGAGGUAUCUUCCAGGAUAUUACACAGUUGGGAUCUUUUCAAGGUCAUCAGAGAGUGACUAUGAAUGGCUUAUCAACCGACUAAAAUGGGAGCCUUCCAUAUCAAUAUGAUAACCGUCCUUCCUCACUACAUCUCCAACAAUGGUGAGGAGCAGUUCAUGGAGGCCGUCUCUCGGUGCACGUUCGGUAUUUUGUAUCACACCAAGAAUAGCGGACGGAUCAACAUUGUGGACGUCACCGACAAUUUAUAUAAUAAGGAGCUGAGAUAUCUGUCUGAACGCCUAGGGAAGGAGAAGGUGAUUGUGGUUGUUGAUGAUCUGGAGGACGCCAGUAGUAAGGAGAAGGCCCAGAUCCUGGAGGCACAGCCAGUAUUGGACGUUUGGCCGAGGAUCUCUUUCUCUUUAGUGCAAAUGAGAAAUAAA